AUGUACGCGAAGACGAUGGGGGACCGUCAGGCCCGCGCCGAGCACGUCCUGGCUGUGUCGCGCGACUUUGUCGCCCAGCCCCGUAUCACCUACAAGACAGUAUCCGGUGUGAACGGACCCUUGGUCAUCCUCGAUGAGGUGAAAUUUCCGAAAUUUGCCGAGAUCGUCCAGCUGAAACUUGCUGAUGGCUCAAUACGCUCAGGCCAAGUAUUGGAAGUCUCAGGCUCGAAGGCCGUUGUCCAAGUGUUUGAGGGUACCUCUGGCAUCGACGCGAAAAACACCCACUGCGAAUUCACUGGCGACAUCCUUCGCACCCCGGUCUCCGAGGACAUGCUGGGUCGUGUUUUCAAUGGCUCGGGCAAGCCCAUCGACAAGGGACCUCCAAUCCUUGCUGAAGAUUACCUUGACAUCGACGGUCAGCCCAUUAAUCCCUGGUCCCGUAUUUAUCCCGAGGAAAUGAUCCAGACCGGUAUCUCGGCCAUCGAUGUCAUGAACUCGAUCGCCAGAGGACAGAAGAUCCCAAUCUUCUCUGCUGCUGGUCUGCCCCACAACGAGAUUGCCGCACAAAUUUGCCGGCAAGCUGGUUUAGUGAAACUGCCGGGCAAAUCCGUCCUGGACUCGCACGAGGACAAUUUCGCUAUCGUGUUUGCUGCCAUGGGUGUUAACAUGGAAACUGCCCGUUUCUUCAAACAAGACUUCGAGGAGAAUGGUUCCAUGGAGAACGUCUGUCUCUUCUUGAAUUUGGCUAAUGAUCCGACCAUCGAACGUAUCAUCACUCCACGUCUGGCCCUCACCGCCGCCGAAUUUCUCGCCUAUCAGUGCGACAAACACGUACUUGUCAUCCUUACCGACAUGUCUUCUUAUGCUGAGGCUCUUCGAGAGGUCUCAGCCGCCCGUGAGGAGGUUCCCGGACGACGUGGUUUCCCAGGUUACAUGUACACCGAUUUGGCCACGAUUUACGAACGCGCUGGUCGUGUUGAGGGCAGGAAUGGCUCGAUCACGCAAAUUCCUAUUCUUACUAUGCCCAACGACGACAUCACUCAUCCUAUUCCUGAUUUGACGGGUUACAUUACCGAGGGUCAAAUCUACGUUGAUCGUCAACUCCACAACAGGCAAAUCUACCCGCCGAUCAAUGUGCUGCCUUCCCUGUCGCGUCUGAUGAAGUCUGCCAUUGGUGAGGGUAUGACUCGUAAGGACCACUCGGACGUCUCUAACCAAUUGUACGCCUGCUACGCUAUCGGCAAAGACGUCCAGGCUAUGAAAGCCGUCGUUGGUGAGGAAGCUCUGACUCCUGAUGAUCUUCUUUACUUAGAGUUCCUCUCGAAAUUCGAGAAAAACUUCAUUUCGCAAGGCUCGUACGAAAAUCGUACGGUCUUCGAAUCACUGGACGUUGGCUGGCAGCUGCUCCGUAUCUUCCCCAAAGAGAUGCUCAAGCGUAUCCCCGCCAGUACCCUGGCCGAGUUCUAUCCAAGAGAUUCGCGUCAUUAAAUCAUCGAUUGGCGAGCGUUGUCAGCAUCUUCGUAGUAGUUUCUUUUUUUGCUUAUGAUAAUAAAUAAAAAAUAAAAAAAGAAACGCGCUAACGCAGACGCAGAGUCCAAUGUAAGGAAAUUGCCGUGAAAAAGAGUGUGUGUUGUACAAAGAUGACAGAGCCCCUCGUGGAAAUUUGCCUGAAAAUCGAGAUUUACCGAGCAGUACGUUAUUUAUUGUUGUGGAUUUUUAUUUUAUCUCUAUUGAAAGAAGCUUAUUUGUCAUUGGUGCUUGUACGUUUUUCAAAUGAUCCUCAAAAUUAUAUCUUUUUCAAAGAUUGACGUGGUUUUUAAUUAAAGAACAAAUGAUGUAUCGAGUUAUUGAUUUUUAUUUCGUACUUCACAUCGUCAUUUUCAAGUAAUUUUUAAACAUCCUUGUAAAAACCAACAAUGUGGUGAAGAAGAGUCCUUCAUCAAGCAAAGGAUCAUAAAAGUAAAUUUCUACUAGGGUAGCCUUAGGGUAAAACUACCAAAAUUUAGAAGAAUGAAAAUGAAAAGUUCUGUGCCCCUGAUUAUUUGGAGCCAGAUCACUAUUCUAAAAAGUCUAUGUAGUCCGUAAGACACAUUUAAGCGUUAUGUUUUAUUGUAUGAUACUUAUAUAGAGAACCAUUGCUACGAGAGAUACAGCUUUUUAUGAUUGAAUCGUUUGAAAAAGGUUAAGAUCAUUUCCUGCAAUCAGUAAUUGAGAAUAAAACGCACCAAGCUCUAUAUAUAUAUUUUUAUUGCUCAAUAAGUCAUACUGUAAACGAAUGAUUUUCCGCCCAAGCAACUAAACCAAGGCAUACUGAAAUGUUUUUAGAAGUUAGUGUUCAAACAUGUACCAUCUUUUGUGCUAAAACUACGUAAAACAUUUCGUUGUGCUCUUGUUCAGUUGUUUUAGCGUCAACCCGUUACUAGAUGUGGAUACAUUUUUAUUAAACAUUCAUGUCAUGCUAUCAUUGUUUUCCCAGUUAACCAUUGUACAAUAUUUACUUGUACUUUACAGAAAUUAAAUCAUGAAUUGUAAAAUAAAAGUCGUAUCCACGUGUGACGGCAAAGUGUCACAGUCAGUAUUACAUUAUGAAGCAAAAAUCAAGUGCAUCCAACUCUCGUGUCGACAUGUUAUUUUGUUCAUCGUGUUACAUUCCAAAAAGCAAAAUUAAUGUUUGUAUUAUCAAAAAAAGAACUACCAAGAUGUACAGUCCUAAGAAAAACGUUUACAAACACAAAAAUUCAGAUCAAUACAAGAAAACAAAAUUUUUUCUAAUAAAUGUAAACAAUACCAAAAUUCAAAUCAACUGUGAAUUUCAUCAUCAAUGAGUCGAUGGUGCAUCGUUGAGAUCUUUCUAUUAAUAUUUAGGAAAAAUACUACGGAUUCAAUAUAUUGAAAAAUUUACGCGACCAUAUAAAAAAAAGAAAGAGAAACUAAUUAGGAAUCGAUGAACGUGGCUUUCACUUUUCCAAAUGGUUGAUAUUUCUCGACAUUAACUUAAAAAACUAUGAAUGUAUUAUAACUGUAUAAAAAAAUACCAAGAACAAGCUAAACAGUGAAACAUUAAUUAUACAUCUCCUACAUUUGUUUCCUUCUUAGUUGUAUAAUAAUAAUCUUCUUUAAAUUACCGUUUAAUGUUGAGGAAGAUAAUGAAUUUAAUCGUUACAUCGUUGUUGCAGUAAUUAAUCAAUUUGUAACUAUGCAAAGAAAGGAUGAUGUUACAAUGUUUGUUACAAUAAUCUGUAAAAUUACAUAUGAGUAUCAAAAAAAAAAAAUUAAACUAUAUAGUAAGAAGCCUAUAAGAUGUAUUCAAACACUUUAAAAAAACUAUAAAUGAUGAAGUUAAACGAUUAUAUCGUCCUGAUUUACGUGCGAGUUGCUUAACACUAACGUUCACUGAGUACAAACGAUUUUGUACCUUUUUUGUCUGGAAAACCAUAUUAUGUAUCAUCAUCUCAGUUUCCUUGAAA